ACCCCCUCAACCGGAAGCACUUCAGCUGAGCUUUGGGCUAGAGUGAGGCCUGGUAGCCGCUGCCGCCGCCGCCGCCGCGGCUCCAUCGCGGGGGGUACAGCCGCCCCCUCCAGCCCGGGAAGGAGCCUGAGGGCUCGGCGCCCCCUGAGCCGCGCCCCGCUGUCCUGGCGCUCAUGGAGCAACAAAUAAUAACAAGAAAGAGGGGAACCAGAUGCAAAAGAGAUGAAAUUGUUAAUUUGUGAUGAAGUAAAAUGCAGCUGUGGCUUUUCAGUCAUAUUAGAAGGAAACUGCAUCUGUUUUCUCAAAAGAGAAGUUUGCAAGGUUAUGUAAGCAAGCAAACAAAGCAUGGUAUUUUGAAGUAUGAUUAAAGUCCUGAUGUUGCAGCAGAGGUUAAGCAUAUUAAUGGCCAGAUCUAGAGAUCACAUGGUCUUCUAAAGAAGUCAUGGGUAGCUGUUGUAGCUGUCCAGAUAAAGAAACUGUCCCAGAUAAUCAUCGAAGCAAGUUUAAGGUCAUUAAUGUGGAUGAUGAUGGCAAUGAGCUGGGUUCUGGCGUAAUGGAGCUGACAGACACAGAGCUGAUUUUACACACCCGUAAACGAGAUGCUGUAAAAUGGCAUUACCUUUGUUUGCGUCGCUAUGGCUACGACUCAAAUCUCUUCUCUUUUGAAAGUGGCCGGAGGUGUCAGACUGGACAAGGAAUAUUUGCCUUUAAAUGUGCUCGUGCAGAAGAAUUGUUUAACAUGUUACAGGAGAUCAUGCAAAAUAAUAGCAUAAAUGUGGUAGAAGAGCCAGUAGUAGAAAGGAAUCACCAACAGACUGAAUUGGAAGUCCCCCGAACCCCUCGAACUCCCACUACUCCUGGGUUUGGUGCACAGAAUUUACCUAAUGGGUAUCCUCGAUAUCCAUCAUUUGGAGAUGCUUCAUCCCAUCCUUCAAGCAGGCAUCCCUCUGUGGGAAGUGCGCGCCUUCCUUCAGUGGGAGAAGAAUCAACACAUCCACUGCUUGUCGCAGAGGAACAGGUACAUACCUACGUCAACACUACAGGUGUGCAGGAAGAGAGGAAAAACAGAUCAAGUGUGCACAUACCUUUAGAGACAAGGCUUUCUAAUGUUGAAAGUAACAAAGCAAGAGAAGAGCAGAGUGAUAUUGAGGACAGAGAUCCUCAGAUUCUUCUUGAGCCUGAAGGAGUCAAAUUUGUUUUAGGACCAACCCCUGUUCAAAGGCAGUUAAUGGAAAGAGAAAAACUGGAGCAACUUGGAAAAGAACAAGUUAGUGGUGGCGGUACCAACAACACUGAGUGGGACACUGGAUAUGACAGUGAUGAACGAAAAGAUGCACCCUCGGGUAACAAACUGGUGUAUGAAAAUAUCAAUGGGCUGUCCAUUCCUAGUGCCUCAGGGGUCAGGAGAGUUCGUCUGACAUCUACCAGUACCUCAGAUACCCAGAAUAUCAACAACUCGGCUCAGAGGAGAACUGCAUUAUUAAACUAUGAAAACUUACCAUCUUUGCCUCCGGUUUGGGAAGCCCACAAGCAAAGUCGAGAUGAAGAUGACAGUUUAGGACCAAAGACCCCAUCUCUCAAUGGCUAUCACAGUAACCUGGAUCCAAUGCAUAACUAUGUGAAUACAGAGAAUGUAACAGUGCCAGCCAGUGCUCACAAGGUAGAAUUUACCAGGCGCCGGGACUGUACACCAACAGUCUUUAAUUUUGACAUCAGGCGUCCAAGUUUAGAACAUAGGCAGCUCAACUACAUACAGGUUGAUUUGGAAGGUGGUAGUGACUCUGACAACCCUCAGACUCCAAAAACUCCCACCACUCCACUUCCACAAACUCCCACCAGGCGCACAGAGCUGUAUGCUGUGAUAGACAUUGAAAGAACGGCUGCUAUGUCAAGCUUGCAGAAAGCACUGCCGCGAGACGAUGGUACGUCUAGGAAGACUAGACACAAUAGUACUGACCUGCCUAUGUGAGCCCUGGAAACAUUACAUCCAUCGUUUGCACCUUUGUGAAGUUUUUAAAAAUGAAGAUGCAAGUGCUUCAUUUUCAUUUCUAAACACUAACACCUUUUAUAGACUGAUAGAAUUUUUUUCCGAAUACUUCAUGUGCUUGUUUUAACUAAAGGGAAUUAAUGUAGAGCAGGUACUCAUUAAAGAACACUAAUUACAUUCUAUCAUAGUUGUUACUGUAUAGCAACAUUGCCAUUUUCACAGUGCCUAUUUAAUUGAGAGUGGAAGUGAGUGACAUCCCAGUUUUGAGUUUUUCAAUAUUCUGGACUCGUGCCUAUCAUUUUAUGUCUAAUCAUGGUUGACAUUUAUAACAUUUUAUAAAACCUCUUGAUGUGUGCAUUACUAGCAGAUAAAUCUAGUCUUUGAAAGUAAAUAUCUGUAAAUUCACUUUCCAGGUUAGGUGGCCUCCAGCAUGAGUCAUUCAUCAUUUCAUUAAUUAAAGGCUUUUUGACUUGAGCCAAAUGCAUUGUACAUAAA